AGAGUGCUUCAGGCAUACGACACAACGCAGCACCGUGGACGACACGGCGAGAUGGCCAGUUCGAGACCCCAAGGCAGGUAGUCACUCUGCUCGCCAAGUGUCUCAAGAAAGGAGGGGGGCAAAGACGCAUGGCCCAUGAUGAUCACGACUCGAAAGGGGGUUGGCUGCGUUGAAUUUUGAUUCCUUGGGAAUGGUAAUUCCCAUACGAAAUGGUAAUGCAACGGAAGCGACGACAGCACGAUGUAAAGUUUUGUGUCUUUUUUUUACUAUUAUUAUAUGCAUGGUCGGGAACCUCCUCGUUAUCCGGGGAGGAACAUCAUCCCACGGGCUGGCGUUUAUUUUCAAGCUAUUCAAUGGCUUUGUUUGUGUAACUACUCCGUGUAGGGCCUUUUAUCUUCUCUUCCUCUUCUUUGACAAAAAACAUGCCAAUAUUGGACGGUCACGUCGCAGGGGUGGGACGAUGAUGAUGUUUGGAAAAGGGGGAUGUGGUGAUGAGGCAGGCAGGCAGGCAGUUGAUACGAAAGAAAAAGAAAACAACCUCAUGUCACACGAUGCGGCAGGUCCGAGAAGGAAAGGAGAGAGAAAGGGACUAGGGGGGUUGGAAAGACUCACAGCAAUUAGGCAGAACGUGUGAAGUGCAACAUCUCUCAGGAGGCAAAUGUCCAUGACACAGAAGUGGGAGGAUAGGAGAAACCCUCGAGAAUAAAGAGUUGUUGAUUUGUAAAGAAUCUCUCGACUACUUUUGCCGUCUCAACCCGGAAUGCUGUUUGUUUCUUGUCAUCAUUUUUCGCGGCCUCUUGUCUCAUGGUCCAUGAUGAGUCAGUAUUGCUAGACAGCUUGUUGAGCGAAGCGCUCGUGUAAGAGGUACGAUCCCACAGCGAAUCGUUAGCCAUGUCAAGGCUCAAGAAGAAUCUGUCGAAUGGUUACUUACGUAGGACGAC